AUGGCGACUGCAGGAUAUGCCUCAAGCUCCCGGGCCGCAUAUCCGGAAGCACAGGCCAACAUCGCCCCUCAAGGACAUGUACCACGCUACCCGGUGCUCUCAUCAAGUUUACAGAACACCAUGGCAUCUCCAGGACAUGCCCCAGAUCCCCCGGCACCCCAUCCAAAUGCACAAGGAUAUGUGAUGCCUCCACAAAGCUACCGAAUCCCCUACUCGAGUGUAGGGGACUCCACGGCCCCUUAUCUGAAUGCGCAUGGGUACAUGGGAUCCUAUGCGACACCACCGUAUCCUUUGCCAGAGUGGGAAACUGCCUGGCAGGAAGAGGACGAGGACGUCCGCUAA